AUUUUCAAAUUGCGCAUUCUGUAACGUGCAGAGCGGUGUAUUCAAAGUCCACUCAAAACGUUCUUAGUCCUACCUAUUUUGCUACGAUUCAUGCUAUCACAUUGAUGGAUCUACUUUAAAACGCUUGAAUCAAACACUAAACUUCAUUGAAUUAUUAUCUAUUCAAAGUUUGUAAUAAAUAUGUACUCUGCUCCUGACAGUCGCCUUGGUUGUUCGAGCAUAUGUGAUGACCAGUCAGUUUGCCGAGACUAUUUGCGAAACGUUUGUAAACGUGGCAAAAAAUGCAAGUUCAAACAUCCAUCUUUGGAAGAAUGUGAAAGGCUACGUCGAUUUGACAAAACGUUCUGCCACGACUUCCAAAAUUCAACAUGUCGCCGACCAAACUGCAAGUUUUUACACUACACAAAAGAGGAAGAGGAAAUGUUUCGACGCACUGGUUAUUUACCCAACGAUAUACAAUGGUCAUAUCGCCCUGCUUCAAGCACGUUUGAUGAAAAAACUCCAAUUUGCAAGGACUUUUGUAAUGGAACCUGCAAUCGAGGAUCAAACUGUAAAUAUCGUCAUGUCACUGCACCUCAGGAAACAGUAAAUCCGGGUUUAUAUAGUCAACCUAACUUACAAAAAACUGGUUUUAUGAAUACAAAUGUAUCGUCUACGCAUUUUGAUCCUUCUCUAGUAAAUAUUUCGAAUCCAAGUAACCCAUCUCCCUAUGGUCAAUCUUCUCUUAUAAAUAGGGCUGUAAUCGUAUCACCAAACGAUUCGAUUUUAAAUCCCGUAAGUAAUGCCUAUAUUCCCGUGGCGUCUUCUCAUUCAAUUGUCGGCCUUAUCGGUAACACAUCUACAGGACAGCCUACUUUGUAUACACAUUCUUCGCUUGUUUCAAUAACAAGUGCACCUCAUAUUACUCCUUGCUCUUCCGUUAUCACAGUUAGUCCUGAUCCUACUCAACAUCCGAAUAUACUACAUCCUCAAACUGCCUUAUCAGCACCUCACGCAACUUAUCAUAUUGUUCCACAUGAUGCUUCGCCACAUCACCAUCAUCAUCUGCUUGCUACAAGCUCAAGUCAUUCACAUGCUCCUGCCCUAUUAACUAUCCCUUUAUCUCAGUUCACUUGUAGUGUGAGUAAUAAUAGCUUGAUUCAAUCUCAAGCCACUAUCACUACGCAACAUCAUGCUGUUGUAACUGGUGUAUUGCCAGCUAAUUCAUCAAUAUCAACUGCACCUGCAACAUAUUUUCCAUCAUAUGGUGUUUUCCACAUUAAUCAACCAUCAUUAGAAACCCGUGACCAUCAAAACCAACAACAUCAGCAAAUAACAACAGAAAUACACAAACAAGUUCGUAAAGCUAAACUAUCCAGUUCUUUAACCACUACACCAGUUACUGCCACUACAACAUCCACAACUUCAGUUGCCUCUUCCACAACAGCUGUAUUAGCUGCAGCAGCUGCUGCUGGAUACAUUGCACAACACCUACCAGUUAUUGGUUCCACUAAUAUAUCUGAAAGUGGUACAAUUUCUCAGGAUCUGAAUAACAAUCUUAUAUUGAAUCAGUCGAAAGGGGUUAAUGUUCAUGAAUCAGCAUUGGCAGCGGCAGCAAAUUUACCAACUGUAUCAGCGGCGGCAGCUGCAGCAGUAGCUGCUGCCGCUGCAUUCGCGCGUUCCACUUCUAUGACUCAGAAUUCUAAGUGUUGCCCUGUGAUUCCCAAUGUUCAAAUAAAAUCCAAUGAAUUGGGUCCUGAGUCCAAUUUCUUUAGUCCUACUGCUAAUAUAAAUACCGGUAAUAGUAAUACUGCUAAUACUACUACUACUAAUAAUAAUGCAACUUUAAUUAAUAACGAAUCAUGUUCUUGUCAAGAUUCAUCUUGUUUAUCGAAUAUGAAACAUGAUAAUAAUAUUAAUCCUAUGAUGACGACAACUAUAAAUACAAUAACUACUACUUGUACUCAAAGUCAUCCAACUAGAGAAUCCACAUAUGCAUCAGAUAAUAAUAAUAACAAUAACCCUAGUAAUAAUAACUCUAAAAAGCCUACAUUAUCAUCGGAAUCAUCAUCUAUAGCAUAUCCAGGUUCUUCAUCAUCCGAUUAUUUAAAUCCUACCGAUGAAGAACAAGCUAAAACAGCCGCUGCUGUUGCAGCAGCAGCUUGUAUAGGUGCUAUUUUCUCUCAACCAAUGGCAGCAGCUGCCGCUGCUGCGGGCGGUAAUGGUGGUAAGUCUGCUUCGUCUUCAGUUGCUGCCAUGUUAGGAAAUUUAAUGAGUCGCAAUCCACAAGAUAUUAUUCAAGCUGUUCAGUCCUCUUCAUCUUCAUCGAUAUCAUCAUGUGGAUCUUCACUCCUAUCCAAUUCAUCUAGACAUAUGUGCUCUGUUAACAGUAAAUAUACUUCAGCAUGUGAUGCCGAUAGUGCUGUAUGCCGUUAUGCACAACAACCACAAUAUUUUGCAGUUGAUGAAAGGAAUGUAUAUGAUGGUCAAAAUGAACAAGGCAAUAGUAUCAAUGUAAAUAAUUCAACCGAUCAGCAUAAUAUUCAAUCGAACUCUGUUAAUAAUUCUUCACUUAUUUCGUCAUUGGAUCGUUGCAAAUGUACAAAUUCUUCAUUGGAUAGUCCAUAUUCUUUUCAAGAUGUAAUCACUUCAGAUACAAAUAGUUGGUCAAGUGUAACUACAACUAUGGCCUCAGCUGCCAAAGCCGCGGCUGCAGCCGCUGUCGCUGCCACCGCCGCAGUAACUGGUUCAGCUAAUUUCUUUCGUUUAACACAAUUUAAAAAUAAAGUUGAUCCGCAAUUGCAUGAUUUAUUAAUGGAUAAAGUUACAUCAUCCAUGUCAUCUUCACAUGAAUCGUCAUCCAGCAUUUAUAGCCCCUUACGUUGUAUUGAUCAGUCUAGAAAUUUACGAUCAAAUUCUGACCAUAUUUCUUCAUCUGUUGUAGUGAACGAUACAGAACUUAGUGGUUUAUCAACAAAAGAGGCUGUGACAAUGACUAGUGCAGCAGCUGCUGCUGCAAUGGUUGCAGCGGCUGCCACAGUAGCUGCUGAACAACGUCAACUAAUUGGGAAUAAUUUUUUGUCUGAAGUUAAUCAUUCAAGUAAACUGGAGAAGCAAAAUGCACAUCGUACACUUACAGGAAAUACUUGUUUGUCAAAAAAUUCAGAAUGUGAUUAUCAUCGUACAUGUUCAUCUUCAUCAUCACAUAAUGAUUUUGCUUCACCAUCCUCUUAUGAAACUGAUAGUCAAAUAUAUUCUUUAGCUCAUGAUGGAUCAAAUCGAUAUACAAAGAAACGUCAUAAAACUAAAAGAUUGACUACUGUUGAUUGUCGUUAUUCUGGUUAUUCUAGUUUACAUCAUCAUCAUCAUACCACCGGUUUAUCUAGAUCUGUUGAUGAUAAUGAAGAUGAUGAUCCUGAUGUAUACGAAGAUGAUGAUAUAGAGUCAACUGCUCUAAUGUCACCAUCUCCUGAAGUCACUCCUCCGUACAACCUACCAACUAAAUUAAGUAAGAGGGAAGGUUUAUUAAGUUUAUCAUAUUCACGUCAAGUUGAUGAUAGCAGUAGACCGCCUUCUUGUGAGACUAGCCCAGAUCCAUGGAGAUCAACAGUUCGUAAAGUUGUUUUAUCUAGAACAACUGGUAAAGGUGAUUGUCUCGAAAGUCAUUCAUCUCAGUCGUUAAGUACUCAACAAUUUUUGGACAAUCAAUCUUCUGAACAUAGUAUGGGAUCUUGUUAUGUAGCUAACACCAAUCCACAUCCUGAAUCAUCGAACACUAACCUAGCUGGCUCUUGUUCUUAUCCAAUUCGUCGAUCAGUUUCAACCGGUGCUCUACCUAUAAAAACAUCCUGUAAAAUUGUGGUUAAAGUACGUUCAAAAUCAUUUCCAGCUUUAAGUUCUUCACAUUCUCAUUCAAAAGACGAAAAACGAGCUGUUUUCACUUCAUCCAGUUGUAGUCAUAGAUAUAAUUCAGCUGAGAAUUUUUCUGUCUGCCCAACAAUGAGUGGGACAUCAACUUUAUGUUAUUCAAAAAAAAGUGAUAGUGCUAUAAAUAAAUUUCAAUCGUCCAGAUACAGGAAUCGAGAAUUCAGUAAACGAAAAUUUCGUCGAACUAUCCAUCGGUACUUUACGCAACAUCCUAAUAAUCGUCGUUUCAUAAUUCAAAGCACACGACCUCUAUCAAAUGUUUCUCCAACAUCUAUUCUAAGCGAAGAAUAUGGUGGACGUGAUGAAGGUGAUGACCCUGACUAUGUCGAUCCCGAUUAUGACGAUGAAGAUCUCUAUGAAUUAUCCGUCCCGCGAACAUCCAUUAAACGUUCAUCACAUGGUAUAACAAAAUAUUCUGCGAAGAGAAAACGCUCUAUGUAUUCUUCUGCUUCUACAUCUAAUGUCCAUCUUGCCCCACCAUCGAUUAAACAACAAUAUGCACUUAGGGUUGAAAAUGCUCGUUUACGCCGUAAAUUAAUCGAUUUAAUGCGACAACGUGGAGAUUUGAGAGCUGCAAAUGAAAUGCUUCUAGAACAAAAUGCAAGAUUACGUCAGUCUAGUAAACGUGUUUCUGCAGUUGCACGUAUGGCGGAAUCUGCUACAAAAAUUAUAGAAGCCCAUAAUAAAUCUCAACUAGUUCAAUCUAAUAGUUUUCCAUCAAAUUCUGGUUCAUGUCAAUCGACCGUGCCAUUUUCAAUUGCUCAAGCAGCAGCCGCAGCUGCAGUUGUUGCAGCUGCUGCUCAAAAUCAAACAAAUGCACCUAAUCUAACUGGAGUGUAUGUAUCUUCUCCAACAGCAUCUAUUAAUCAACAAUAUUCACCAACUAUUAAUGGUUUAAGUGGUGGUAGUUCCAAUUUACAUUCAUUAUUCCCACAGAUCCCAUCAGCCAAUACAACUGGUAUAGCUAUUCCAUCAAAUCAAGGAUUGACUGCAGUACAAAUUCAAGCUUCUUCUGGAGCAUUAGCUACACCACCACAAGCAACUGCAUUACUUCAUCCACAAACUUUAGAUCCUCAACAAACUGAUUUAUCCAAUUACUGUCAACAUCAAGUAUGUUAGUUUUAUUGUUUAUGUAUUAUUUAUAAACUUGUCGUUUUUAUCAGCUUUUUUUAAAAUGACAUAUACACAGAUCAACAUGGGUUUUCAUAUUUUUCUAAUGGUUAUUUGAUUUUCUUUUUGUAUAAUGUCUAGUAGUGUGAGUUAUGAAACUAUUGAUCACUAACUGAUUAAAUGACGUUUGGAAAACAGCAUCGAAUCUUAUGAAAACAUCGUUAGAAUAAUCUCUAAAGUGAUUGAUCCAGUAAUUUAUUGGUUUCUAAAUCCGAUAAUAUUAUACUGGCUACGUACUUCAGUUUAGCUAGUCGUCCUUGCCUUAGUAGGUCGAUAGGUUUUUCAACUGUUUAUUUACUUCACUGAAGGUUCAUUCGCUUAGAAGUAACAUCACGUUGAUGUUUAUUUAUCUUCACAUAGAUAUUGGUACAAGGAGGCGCCAAAUACAUAUGCGCCAUAUAAAUCUCAUUUGAUAUGUGUGAGGGCUGUGAUACUGCCCAGGUGCCCAAACCGAUACAGGUGGUUUUCUUAGGGGGCCACACCCGGAGCCUUUUGACCUGAAGGUCUGAUCCUCAUGGCAGUGUAGCAACGUAAGGAGAUACAGUCCCAUGGUAGCCGGUGACCAACGAUUGGUUCAUACACCAUUUGUUCCUUCAGAAUACUGGGGCCCAUGUGCACCAUUGGUUUGGAAUCAGGGUUUUCCAACUCCUCUAGGUGGACUCUUCAUGUUCACCAACCCGAUUAAAGCACUGGACAUUCGCUUUUCGUCCUCUCAAUUUCGUAAACAACAGUAACGCCACGAGAAGGUAGUGUGUAGGUCUUCCCUGGCAGAGGCUAUAUAUGCGUGGCCAUGUGAGAGUAUUUGGAUAGGAAGAGUGGACUCUCCCCACUCUCGGCCGUACCAGGGCAUUUGAGGGCUACGUUGAUGAGUAACGGUAUGUUAAUCAUGUUCGUUGCUACUGUUUCUGGUCCCGACCAUUGCUUUUACUUUGGCGUGUUGGUUUGGCUUGGCAAUUUAUGGUAGCUCAACCAAGCUAUAUUGACUUGAACAAAUUUUUUUAGAGCUUGUCAUGCCAGGCAGGUUGGUUAGGUAACGGAGGAAUUGCUAACAGCAAUUUAAGAUCGAACUAGUACUACUAACUGUAGAGAGGUGUGACAACGAUAAGGUGCGUCCUAGAGAAAGCCAGCAUCUGCAGCGAUCCCGUCUCCUCACAUGCGCAUAUGUAUUCGAUGCCCCUUUGUACCAAUAUUUAUGUGUUCAAAUAAAUAAAUAAUAAAACUGAGAAAAUGGAAAUUUUUUACUGCGCUUAUUUUCAUUUAGAGUGAUUGACAUCUUCUGAAUUCCAGAAGUCUUAUUAUAAAGUUUCAGUUUCUUCUUGAACACAUGUAUGAUACAUGUGUCACUUUGUAUAAUCUCUUACUGAGCCCUUAAUUUCAUUCGAUUCAUAUUAUUUUUUUCUAUAUUAUAGACUCCUGAUGUUCGGCCACAAAAUCGUUUACUUGAAUUAUUAACUGAAUACUUAUCAACCACACAGACUCUAACAUCAAAUGUUAUUUAAUAUAUUCAAUUUGAAAAUAUGUUUUUAAUCUUCCUUUAAAUCAACUAUUACAUCGUAAUUGUUUCAAAUUGAUCUAAUUUGACUGUCUUAUUAAUGAGCAGUUAAACAAUCGAGAACAUAAUGUUCUCAAAUGUACAUUUGAAUAAAGAUUUGUAGUG